AUGCCCGCGCGCGCGCCCGAGCGGGGCGACGACGACGACGACGACGACGUUUUCGCCGCGCCACCGCCGAAACGUCCGACGAUGGAUGCAUCCUUCUUCGACGCCGAUCGCGCCGGUACGAGCGCGGCGAUCGCGGACGCGGACGCGGACGCGAACGUGAACGAUCCGUCGUCCGAACUGGACGCCAAGCGCGUGCGUCAGUUGGUGUUGGCGUUCGAGCGGGCGUACGCGGAGAAUGUGAAACAGCGGGCGAAGCACGCGGACGAACCGGCGAGGUUCGCGGAGAGUGAGAUCGAGCUGGAUUGCGAGAUCAAAGCCCUGGGGCAGCUCGCGAGCGCGCCGGAGUUGUACGCGGAGCUCGUGCGAUUGAACGUGAUGGAAUCGGUGGUGGGGAUAUUGGGACACGAGAACGAGGACGUCGUCGCGGAUACGUUGGAGGUGUUGCGAGAGCUCACGGACGGAGACGCGGUGGAGAGUGAUGAAGAGGGAGGAAAGGCGCUGGCGGAUGCUAUUAAACGCGCGGGAGGGUACGCGGCGCUGUACGCGGCGCUUGUGAGGUUUGAGGACAAGCGCGGGGAUACGCGGGCGACGACGAGCGAGGCGUCCGCGGCGGUGUCUUCGGCGCUAGGAAUCGUGGAGAACUUAGGAGAGAUCGUGGGAACAACCGUGGACGAAGACAGCGGAGAAUCGUGCAACGAAGCUUUCGAGGGAUUGUGCGAUGAGACAGAUCUUUUGGGAUGGCUAUUGAAGCGAGUUGAGAAGAAGCGUGUCGUGGACGAAAACAAGCUCGCCGCGUCGGAAAUUUUAGCCAUCGUCUUGCAGAGCAGCGCGCGUUGUCGCAAGAAGUGUCUCGAUAUGAACGGCUUAGACGCACUGCUACAAGCCGUGUCAGCGUACAAAAAACGCGAGCCCGAGGAUGACGGCGAGAAGGAGCUCGUCGAGAACUUAUUCGAUGCCGUGUGCGCGGUCGUCAUGACGCCCGAGACCAAGGAUGAGUUCCUCGAUCUCGAGGGAAUAGAGCUCAUGUUAAUGAUCUUGCGCGGAAGUUCCAGUGGAGACAAGAAGGCGACGCCAUUUGCGGCGAUACCCGCUCUGAAGUGUCUGGACUACGUGACUAGUGGAAACAAGCGCGCGUGCGAGCGUUUUGUCGACGCCGGUGGAUUGAAGAGCUUGUUCCCCGCCUUCAUGGGUCGAAACGUAAAGACGCUGCGCAAAACGUUCGGAAACGAGGCCGUUCUCGAGCAGCAAACGCGCUCGAGCAGCUUACUGUGUUCCAUGUUUAAAAAUCUCGCGGAUACCGAGCGUCGCGACCGACUGUGCGCCAAGUUUGUCGAGGAUGAUCACGCCAAGUGCGACCGUCUCAUCGAGCUCUGGGUUGAAUUCGCGAAGCGCGUGAGCGCCGAGCAAAGCCGCCUGGAAAACGACGACGAAGAUCUCGGGAUCGAGCUCACCGAGGAGGAAGAGUACCUACAAAAACUCGACGCUGGGUUGGCCACGCUCGAACAUCUGACGUUAAUACUCGCCAAUCUCUGGGCCACCGGUCACGCGCCGAUCUUGCGCAGGCUCUACGCCAACGCGUCGCAAAACUCAAUCACCCUCGGUGAUCUUCGCGAUAUCAUCCGCGAGUACGCGCAUCACGUCGGUGAUUCCGGUGGCGAGGACAAACGCGCCGAGCAAGUUCGAGCCGCGCUCGCCUCGCUUCCGUACGCCCCCGGCGAGCGCGACGAUUGA